GGGAGGGGAUAAGCGAGGUUCUUCCUGUUCUGUUGAGGCAGAGAGAGGAGGAGGAUGCUCAUGCUGCGGGCCGCCACCGCCAGGGCGGCGUCCACGCUCGUCGCCGCCGCCAGGAGGAGACCCGGCCUCCUGCCUGUCGCCAUCGCCGGUCUCUCGUCCUCCUCAUCAGGACCACCAUCGGGCGGGAAGAGGAGGAAGGGCCAGCGGCGGGGCGAGGCCAAGCCCCUGCCCCAGCCUCAGCCCUUGCCUGGGCGCUCCGAGAUCCCCAGCAACAAGAAGCCCAACGCCAAAGACAGGAGGAAGGUUCGACCAGCGGCGGAAGAGUCGCAAGGGCCAUCGGGCCAGGAGAUUGAGCUGAGGAAGCAGCCGCCGGAGAAGCCGAAGCGGGUGGUGCGGUGGCGCUGCGCGACGGGGUGCGGCGCGUGCUGCAAGCUCGACAAGGGCCCCGAGUUCCCCACCCCCGACGAGGUCUUCGCCGACUUCCCCGACCACCUCCAGCUGUACAAGAGCAUGAUUGGCCCUGACGGAUGGUGCAACAACUACGACAAGUCCAACCGAACCUGCAACAUCUACGAAGACCGGCCAUUCUUCUGCAGGGUCGAACCGAAGGUUUUCGAAGAGUUCUUUGGCGUGCCACGCAGCAAGUUCGACAGGGAAGCCUGCAGUGCUUGUGUGGAUAACAUCAAGAUGGUGUAUGGCCAGGACUCUCCUGAGCUUGGAAACUUCAAGAGGGUCAUAAGGGAGGAAAGUAGUAAGCAUGAGGCAAGCAUGAACGAGGUUAAAUUGUUGGAUGCCACAAAUACUACUGGUACCUGAUUAAUUACGGAGUGUAGGGUACUCACUCACCGAAGCAGUUGAAAACCGGGGCACAAAUACUGGUAUCUAAUUCUCACCUAUGAAUGAGUAUUUAAGUUUCGAAUCCU